ACUAACAUAAAGAGAGAGAAUCAGUCUGGGGAGUAGAAGAACGAAAUCCCAUUUUAUCAGCUUUUUCAGUUCUUCUUCGUUCUUCUUCUUUUACUAGUCUCAAUAGAAAUCUCUUUGUUUCUGUGAGAUCGAUUAGCAGAGAUGGAGAUGUUCUAUUACUUAGUGUUUGGAGCUAUGUCUGUAGUGGUAGCAGUAUUAGAAUUCAGCAAAAACAACAAAGAUCGGAUUAAUACUUCUACUGCUUUUAAUGCUUUCAAGAAUAACUACUUAGUUGUGUAUUCUCUUAUGAUGGCUGGGGAUUGGUUGCAGGGUCCAUAUGUGUACUUCUUGUACAGCCAAUAUGGUUUCUCAAAGGGAGAUAUUGGACGUCUCUUUAUUGCUGGUUUUGGGUCGUCUAUGCUCUUUGGGACUGUUGUUGGGUCUCUAGCUGACAAAACAGGACGUAAGAGGGCCUGCAUUACAUACUGUAUAACAUACAUCCUGAGUUGUAUCACCAAGCAUUCACCUCAGUACAAGGUUCUGAUGGUGGGUCGUAUCUUGGGAGGGAUUGCUACUUCCCUCCUGUUUUCAGCGUUCGAGUCAUGGCUAGUUGCAGAACACAACAAGAGAGGUUAUGAACAACAAUGGCUGUCAUUGACAUUCUCCAAGGCAAUAUUUCUUGGCAAUGGUCUCAUUGCUAUUUUUGCUGGGUUGUUUGGCAACAUGCUCGCUGAUAAUUUGGGAUUUGGUCCUGUUGCCCCCUUUGAUGCCGCUGCUUGCUUUCUCGCCAUUGGUAUGGCUAUUAUCUUAUCAACAUGGAGCGAAAACUUUGGUGACCCCUCUGAAAGCAAGGACUUGCUUACCCAGUUCAGGGGUGCAGCAGUAGCCAUUGCUUCUGACGAGAAGAUUGCACUGUUGGGAGCUAUUCAGUCCUUGUUUGAAGGCUCAAUGUACACCUUUGUGUUCCUUUGGACACCUGCUUUGAGCCCUAACGACGAGGACAUCCCACACGGAUUUAUUUUUGCAACAUUCAUGUUGGCCUCUAUGUUGGGAAGCUCCAUCGCAUCUCGAUUGAUGGCACGCCAAAAUCUCAAAGUUGAAGGCUACAUGCAGAUUGUGUUUGCAGUUUCUGCCUGUACUUUCCUUCUUCCCUUAGUCACUGGUUUCUUGGUACCUCCUUCAGGGGAGAAAGGUGGAAGCAUCUCAUUUGCAGGGUGUAUUCAACUUUUUGGAUUCUGUACAUUUGAAUCUUGUGUUGGCAUAUUCUGGCCAUCAAUCAUGAAGAUGAGAUCGCAAUACAUCCCUGAGGAGGCCAGAAGCACCAUCAUGAACUUCUUCCGAAUUCCUCUCAACAUCUUCGUGUGCAUUGUGCUAUACAAUGUUAAUGCGUUCCCGAUCACUGUCAUGUUUGGAAUGUGCUCUAUUUUCCUCUUGAUGGCGUCCAUCUUGCAGAGGCGGCUCAUGGUAGUGGCAGAGUUGCACAACAAGUCAAAGCCUGAAGACUGGACAUCAUUGAAGGAGAGGGACACAGAGGCUGAACCCCUGAACAUCUAAUUGAUGUGAAGGUGGCAACCAUCAAAGCUUAGACCGGUUCAGGAAAAAAUAGGCGAUCUUUCUUAACAGUGAGGCGUAGUAAUUGCAACAAUGCAAUUUGUUAGUUUACCAUUCCUAUAAAUAACAGGGGAGAUAUAGUAGGAUGGUUCACAAUUCAUUAAAUUGAGAACAGGUUUUGAAGAAAAAUCAGUCUGGUUAAAGAAGAGUUCAGGGCUAUUGGUAACAAAGGACAGUUGCAGGAAUAAUAGGUAUUGAAGUAAACUAGGGGCAUGGUAUGGAUUAUAUUACUUCCUACUGUUAUUUUUUGAAACUAAAAGUCCUCUGCUGUAAUUUUGGUUUUUAUUUGUUUUGUCUAAGUGUGUUUAAGGGUUAAUACAACAGGAUGUCUAGGGUUUUCUCUCUUUUUUUUCCUUUUUUUUAUGUGGAAUUGAACACCUGUUACAUGAUUAUUUUUCUUGGAGAUUCCAAGAUGCGGAUCUCUGUUCUGUAAGAACUUUUUAUAUAUAAAUAGAUAUUAUUUCUAAUCA